AUGGUCCAGUUAGAUGUCGAAAAGACUCUCUCUGAGCUCGACCUAGAAGAGAAAGUAGCUCUUACGGCAGGAGCCGACUUCUGGCAUACCACCCCGGUCCAUCGUCUAAAUAUCCCCUCUCUCCGCUUCUCGGAUGGUCCCAAUGGCGUGCGUGGAACUCGAUUCUUCAAUGGCGUUCCCGCAGCCUGCUUACCUUGUGCAACGGCCCUAGGGGCCACUUGGGAUGCAGACCUGCUAGAGGAAUUGGGUGGCCUUCUCGGUGAUGAGGCCAGAGCGAAAGGCGUCCAUGUCUUGCUUGGUCCAACAAUCAACAUCCAGAGAUCGCCACUUGGAGGCAGAGGAUUCGAAUCCUUCUCAGAGGAUGGCGUGUUGUCUGGUGUCCUGGCCGGGCACUACUGCAAGGGCGUCCAAUCCAAGGGCGUUGGGGCUACAUUGAAGCACUUUGUCUGCAACGACCAGGAGCACGAGAGGAUGGCGGUGAACGCCAUCGUCACGGCAAGGGCUCUGCGAGAGAUCUACCUGAUGCCAUUUCAGCAAGCUCUGAGGAUUUGCCAGACAGCCUGUUUUAUGACCGCCUACAAUAAAGUCAAUGGUCUCCAUGUCAGUGAAAAUCGAGCGAUCAUCGAAGAUAUCUUGCACAAGGAAUGGAAAUGGAGAGGUUUGAUUAUGAGCGACUGGUUUGGAACAUACAGUACGUCUGAUGCUAUCAACGCUGGUCUUGAUCUCGAGAUGCCUGGACCCACCCGCUGGCGUGGACCCAUCCUCACCCAUGCCGUGUCUUCGAGAAAAGUGCCUGACCAUGUCCUGGAUGAGAGAGUGCGAAAUAUCCUCAAUCUGGUAAAUUUUGCCGAUAAGUCCGGCAUACCGGAAGGUGCUGAAGAGAAAGUUCUCAAUCGGCCAGAGGACCAGAAACUCCUCCGGCGCGCUGCUGCAGAGUCGAUAGUUCUUUUGCGGAAUAACGGGGGCGUCCUGCCAUUUGACAAGAACAAGCCGAUCGCAGUGAUCGGGCCAAACUCCAAGGUGGCCGCCUUCUGUGGUGGUGGUUCGGCUUCUCUGCCUCCUUACUAUGCCGUGACUCCUUUCGAAGGAGUGUCUGCCAGUAGCAAAGCAACAGUUUCUUUCUCACAGGGUGUCUAUGCACACCAAUCUCUUCCUCUGUUGGGUCCAUUGUUGAACACUCAUGAUGGAAAGCAAGGGUUCGAAUUUCGAGUAUACAAUGAGCCCCCUGGUGAGAAGAAUAGAGAAAUAGUCGACACGCUCCAGUUGGUCUACUCGAUUGGAUUCCUUGCAGACUACGUCAACCCAAAGUUGAAGUCUGAAACCUGGUAUGCCGACAUGGAGGGUGUGUUUACUCCGGAUGAGGAUGGGAUCUAUGAUUUUGGAGUCACCGUUGCGGGCACCGGAAAACUUUUCAUUGAUGGCGAGCUUGUUGUGGACAACAGCACGAAUCAGCGGAGCGGAUCGUCUUUCUUCGGGACUGGAACGGUGGAAGAAAGGGGCUCCAAGGAGCUCAAAGCUGGCACGCCGUACAAAAUCCUGUUUCAGUUUGGUACCGCACCGACCUCGAAGUUGGAAAAACGAGGGACUGUGUCGUUUGGAGCUGGUGGAUUUCGAUUUGGCGGGUGUCGCCGCCUCAACCAGGAAGAGUCGAUUGCGCAUGCGGUGGAAUUGGCGUCCAAGACGGAACAGGUUGUUGUAUUUGCUGGGCUGAACAGUGAAUGGGAGACAGAAGGAUAUGAUCGCGACCACAUGGACUUGCCCCCUGGGAGCGACGAACUGAUUUCAAGGGUCCUCGAGGCGAAUCCGAAGGCGGCGAUCGUGAUUCAGAGUGGAACGCCAGUCACAAUGCCCUGGAUCGACAAGGCCAAUGUUCUGGUCCAGGCAUGGUAUGGCGGCAAUGAAGCUGGCAACGGCAUUGCGGACGUUCUGUACGGAGACGUGAAUCCGUCCGGGAAACUGUCGCUGAGCUUCCCUGCCCGUCUACAGGAUAACCCUUCAUACCUGAACUUCCGCUCGGAACGAGGCCGCGUGCUCUACGGCGAGGAUAUCUAUGUGGGAUAUCGUUACUACGAGAAGACGCAAGUGCGACCUUUGUUCCCGUUUGGUCACGGACUAUCUUACACCACGUUUUCCCGCUCUGGACUGACCUUGAGCUCGUCUCCGGAAAAGCCUACGUUGGACGGUAGCGAAACCAUCACAGCAUCGCUGACGGUUACCAACACAGGCUCUGUUGCAGGAGCAGAGACCGUUCAGCUGUGGGUUGUCCCUCCCGCGACAGCAAGCGUCAAUCGGCCGGUGCGAGAGUUGAAAGGGUUCAAGAAGGUAUUCCUGAAACCAGGCGAGAAAAAGACGAUCGAAAUAGUCGUGCCAAAGAAGCUGGCCACCAGCUUUUGGGACGAAAUUCGGCAGUCGUGGGUAUCCGAGCAGGGCGAGUAUGAGGUCCUCAUCACGGGGACGGGGGAGGAGACGCUCCGAGCGCCGUUCAAGGUCGAGACGACCAGAUACUGGCUGGGUUUGUAG